AUGCCGUGCCAGCUCCUGCUUGCGACGGCUGCCCACCAUCGCCCGACCACGCCGUCGGGCGCCGCGCUGCCGCACCUGCGCGCCUCCAACCUGCUGCACAACCUGGUGCACGCCUUCUUCUCGCCGCUCGCGCACGGCUGGCACGCCACCAUUGCGGACGGCGACCUCUUCGUGCUGCCCGCCCACCACCCGCACGCAGUGCUCCUCUCCGGAGAGCUCUCGCUCGGCUUCAAGUGGACGCUGCGCUGCGCAGACGACGAUGGGCCGUGCGAGCCGGCGGGCACCGCUGCCGACGAGGGGAUGCAGCGGUGGAGAAAUCCGAACGACGUUUCCGCGCUGGCGGCUGCUGCGGCUGCGCCGGGAGGGGCGGGCGAGACCGUCAGUGCCGCCGUCAGGCGAGCUUCCGAGAUCCAGCCGCGGCCUGAGCGGGAGGAGAGGUGA